AUGUUGGCUGCUGGUAAGGGACAUAGAGAAUUGGUUGAGCUACUCGCGAGAAAAAGAGCUAACGUGUCACUCGUCAAUAGAUUAGACAACAACAUCCUACACUCUGCCUGUCUGGGAGGAGAUGUGGAGGUUGUGAUGUAUGUCCUCUCACAGGACAUUGUUAAUAACAAUGGUAGAGUAUGGUGCGGGACAACACCGGUGAUGCUGGCAGAAGAGAACGGACAUAGAGUAGUGGUAGAGUUACUUGUGAAUGAAGGAGCUGAUGUGACACACGUUGAUAAAAAGAGUCACAACCUCCUUCACUGUGCCAGUAGGGGAGGACAUGUGGAGUUGGUGAAGUAUGUCCUCUCACUGGGCAUGCUGUCCAUCAACAGUAGAGGAUGGAAGAAUUUCACACCAGUGUUGCUUGCAGCAGAGAAGGGACAUAAAGAAGUGGUAGAGUUACUUGUAAGUAAAGGGGCUGAUGUGUCGCUCGUAUAUGAUGGUGGAAACAACAUCCUUUGUUUGGCCAGUCGCGAAGGACAUGAGGAGAUGGUUAAAUAUGUCAUGGACAUGGUGUCCAUUAACAGUAGAUGUUGGAAUAAGAUGACACCAGUGAUGCUGGCAGCAGAGAAGGGACAUAAAGAUGUGGUAGAGUUACUUGUAAGUAAAGGGGCUGAUGUGUCACUCUCGGAUAAAAGAGGUAACAACCUCCUUCACUUCGCUAGUCGGGGAGGACAGGUUGAGGUGGUGAAGUAUGUCCUCUCACUGGGCAGGCUGUCCAUAAACAGUAGAGGAUGGAAGAAGAUGACACCAGUGAUGCUUGCAGCAGAGAAGGGACAUAAAGAAGUGGUAGAAGUACUCGUAAGUAAAGGGGCUAAUGUGUCGCUCGUAUAUGAUGGUGGAAACAACAUCCUUUGUUUGGCCAGUCGAAAAGGACAUGAGGAGGUGGUUAAAUAUGUAAUGGACAUGGUGUCCAUCAACAGUAGAUGUUGGAAUAAGAUGACACCAGUGAUGCUGGCAGCAGGGAAGGGACAUAAAGAAGUUGUAGAGUUACUUGUAAGUAAAGGGGCUGAUGUGUCACUCUCGGAUAAAAGAGGUGACAACCUCCUUCACUUCGCCAGUCGGGAAGGACAUGAGGAGGUGGUGAAGUUUGUCCUCUCACAAGACAUGGUGUCCAUCAACAGUAGAGGAUGGAAGAAGAUAACACCAGCGAUGACGGCAGCAGAGAAAGGACAUAAAGAAGUGGUAGAGUUACUUGUAAGUAAAGGGGCUGAUGUGUCAUUCUCGGAUAAAAGAGGUAACAACCUCCUUCACUUGGCCAGUCAGGGAGGACAGGUUGAGGUGGUGAAGUAUGUCCUCUCACUGGGCAGGCUGUCCAUAAACAGUAGAGGAUGGAAGAAGAUGACACCAGUGAUGCUUGCAGCAGCGAAGGGACAUAAAGAAGUGGUAGAGGUACUCGUAAGUAAAGGAGCUAAUGUGUCGCUCGUAUAUGAUGGUGGAAACAACAUCCUUUGUUUGGCCAGUCGAGAAGGACAUGAGGAGGUGGUUAAAUAUGUCAUGGACAUGGUGUCCAUCAACAGUAGAUGUUGGAAUAAGAUGACACCAGUGAUGCUGGCAGCAGAAAAGGGACAUGAAGAAGUGGUAGAGUUACUUGUAAGUAAAGGGGCUGAUUUGUCACUCUCGGAUAUAGGAGGUGACACCAUCCUUCACUUCGCCUGUCGGGGAGGAAAUGUGGAGGUGGUGAAGUUUGUCCUCUCACAGGAUAUGGUGAACAUCAACGCCAGGAACAGCAAAAGACAAACAGCAGCCAAUAAAGCGACGUCUCGAGGGCGAAGAGACAUUAUUGAUCUUCUUGUGUCACAUGGUGCUCAAAUGUAUUAG